AUGAACUUCGCGAAGAGACACGCGGAAGUGGAAGAGGUGAAAGGCUUCCUGGGCGUGGAUUUGGUGGGUUGUGGAGAUGAACUCAAGCUCCGUGUGUGGGACCUGGCAGACUCACUGAACUGUGAGCCUCAUCAGUGGGGGAUCCUUCGGGCAGGUUUACCUGGCCAGGCGCGAUGGUGCCGGUCGGCGAUGGGCCUGGUGAGCGAAGAUCGGGAAGAUGUGGCCGCAAGACCGGUGCUUUUGGGCGCCGCGAAGGAUCCCAAGGACCGGGACCGGGUCGCGCCAUCGCCAGGCAUGCAGGCCGUGAGGCGUGAAACGGUGCCUCCUUCGCUCCGAUGGCUCCAUGACGUCGGAGACCGGGGAGCAACUUCGAAACCUGGAGAGGGAGAUCAACUCCUACAAGCCUCGGGGGCUCAGAAGCGUGACAUGGGCGACGAAAGCCAUUUCCUUGUCCGCAUGGUGAUCCGUGGAGUGGCAGACUUCGGGAUCAGCAUGAUGAAGUCGAGGAUCAUGAAACAUGACUACAUCGUCAAGUGCCCGGGCGUUGCAUGGUACAUUGGCUGCGUUCUGGAGUACCCCAACCUGGCCAUUGUCACCGAGCACCUCAUCGGCUCACUUCCAGAAAGCUCCGAAGAGGUAUGGGACAACAGAGGCUGUUGCCGAAAGUCUCGCGAGCGCGACCCGGUGGCGGGAAGUGUCCAUUUGCCUGACACGCGGCUGGUUGUUCGGAUGGCUGCAGUCCUUUUGCAGCCUCAGUACAUCAAUGGCAUUGCAUUGAAGGCCGCCUUGAGGUUGAAGCCGCCGUUGAUCCACCGUGAUCUCAAGACCCAGAACCUGGUGCGUUGCAUCCCCCGCCGAACGGAGACAGAAGGAAGGAAGGUUAGGUGCCGCUUUCAGGUGCCCGUUUCAGGAUUCGACGAUACGCUGGCAGGGACACCUAGGACGCUGGAGUCGGGUGACUCGAGGCUGUGGACCUCCAUUUUCAGUGCAUUGGGCCGUGAGCAGCGCUGGGCUGAGAGCUGCCACUUCCUGCAGACACUUCGUGAGUCGAGGCACAAACACCUGGACACGAUCGUGUACAACGCCGUCAUCAAGGCGUGCGAGAGGAGUUCCCAAUGGCUGCAGGCAUUGCAGUGCCUGUGGGAGCUGCAGAUGAACAAGCUGCAGCCAGACUUGGUCACCUUCAACACCAUUAUCAGUGCCUUGCAGAAAGGUCACCGAUGGCAAAAGGCGCUUCUGAUGAUGGACCAGGUGACUUCGCCGGAUGCGGUGACCUGCUCCGCCGUGGUGCAGGCGUGCGAGCGAGGGGGCCGCUGGGACCUGGCUUUAAAGUACUUCCUGGAAGCCAGGGCCCAAGACGAGUCGCUGCGCCUGGACCUCAUUGCGGUGAACGCGGCGGUGAACGCCUUGAGCCGAAGCAAAGCACCAGGAGUUCUUCUGCAAGAUCCCAAGUCGCUUUGGAGGCAGGCCUUUCAGCUUUGGAAUGCCCUUGUGGACAGAGGUUUGCAAGGAGACUUGAUCACCAGCAACACAUUGGCCAAUGCUGGUGGAGUGACCUGGUUGGCCUCCUUGAGAGUCUUGGCCACGUGGCGGCGAAGGGCGCUACAAGUCGACAGCCUGGGGAUCUCCGCCACGUUGGGACAAGCCGUGGACUGGCGCUUGGGGCUCGCCCUCUUCACUGCGGCCACGGUGGAUGGAACGGCGGAUUUGGUCUUGCAGAAUGCCUUGUGUACGCUUUUGGAGCGGCAGGACCAGUGGCAGAGGUCCUUGCGCUUUGAUACAGAACAGGACAUGGACCUGGUGGCGGGUGCUUGCUUGCUGAGCGCUUGUGCACGCGGCAAGCUCUGGGCAGAGGCGCUUUCAACGGCACAGCGCUUGCGCAGCGCAGGCUUGGAAGGCAACGCGAUGCUUGGCACUUCUGCUUUGACCGCCUUGGAAGACCACUGGCGUAGGGCUUCCAGGCUUUUGGACUUCCUACAGCUUGGCCAGCCCAACAUGGUCCACAUCGCCACGCUCUUGAUGGGUGAUGCGUCUCGCAGUGCCUGGAACAUGGCCUUGGCGCGGUUUCCACGGCACGAGGAGAUGGUGACGAAGAGGAUGUCAGGCCCGGUGGCACGCAAUUGCGCGUUGGUUGCCAUGAAAAAGGCUUGGUCUUGGUCCUUGCAGCUCCUUGAGGCCGUGACACCGGACGUGGUAUCUUUCAACUCAGCGAUGGAGAGUUGUGGCCCACUGGGUGGACAAUGGGACUUCGCCCUUCUCCUUUUGGAGGUCUCUCAACGUACUUCAACAUCCAACUGUCUGGGUGCACCCCCUGGCGACGACUGUCGGAGAGCCGGAUCCAUUCAGGCCUUCCAGGCUCCUUGA